AUGCGGCUGCUGCCACACGAGCACCACAAACUCCAACUGAAUGCACUUGGAGUGCUUGCACAGCGUAGACUUGCACGCGGCCAAUGUCUCAAUGAAACAGAGUCAAUCGCUCUGAUAUCCACGGUGAUACACGAACUCAUUAGAGACGGCGAGUUGAGCGUCGCCAGGCUAAUGUCUCUGGGUAAGAACAUGCUUGGAAGGAGGCACGUCACUCCCGAUGUUCCUUUCCGCAUCAAAGAGCUACAAGUUGAGGGUACUUUCCCCGAUGGCACGUUUUUAGUGACAAUCCACCGGCCAAUCUCAACUCUCGAUGGCGAUCUAGCACUCGCUCUCUACUCUUCAUUCUGCCCUCUCCCUUCCAACGACCUCUUUCCACCUCAUCCCCCCGAAUUAUACGCACCCGACAAGCAACCAGGCGCAAUCGUUACCAAAUUCGGAACGCCUAACGUCAUCAUCAACAAAGACAGAUUGGCAAUUAAUCUAAAAGUCACUAACUUGGGCGACAGACCUGUGCAAGUAGGCUCGCAUUUCCAUUUCGUGGAGGUGAACAAACAACUCCAAUUCGACAGGGGUAAAGCAUAUGGCAAGCGUCUGAAUAUUCUUGCAGGAACAGCUGUCAGAUUUGAGCCAGGUGCCAGCAUAAUUGUCGCACUCGUUGAUAUUGGUGGCACGCAGUACAUUUCCGGCGGCAGCAAUAUCGCAACUGGCACAUACAACAAAGAAGAUCGCCAUAGAGUACUGGAGAAUGUUCGACAGGCUGGUUUUGCGCAUUUGGAAGAGAUGGCACCGAAAGAAUCGCUAAGCUCAGGCACACCCUUCUCUAGAGAGAUCUACGUGUCUAUCUUUGGUCCUACAACAGGCGACAGGGUGCGAUUAGCCGAUACAGAUCUGUGGAUCGAGGUCGAGCGAGAUAUGACUCAUUAUGGCGACGAGUGCAAAUUUGGUGGCGGCAAGGUUCUCAGGGAGGGUAUGGGGCAGGCUACGGGGAGGAGCGACUGUGAAACACUCGAUACAGUCGUAACUAAUGCGCUAAUUGUUGACUGGACUGGUAUAUUCAAGGCUGACAUAGGUAUCAAAAACGGUUUUAUCAAAGCAAUAGGAAAAGCUGGAAACCCUGAUGUGAUGAACGGGGUUUCAAACGACAUGGUAGUUGGCGUUAACACGGAAGUUAUAGCGGGUGAGGGUAAUAUUGUCGUGGCUGGUGCACAGGACGUACACGUUCACUUUAUAUCACCAGAGCUGUGUAGACAGGCGCUAGGCACAGGUAUAACUACGCUGGUCGGCGGAGGCACCGGUGGACCGGCAGCUGGGACCACAGCGACUACGUGUACACCGGGGGCUAACCAUAUGGAAAACAUCCUUGCAGCUACGGACGGGUUUGCCCUCAAUUUCGCAAUUACUGGAAAAGGUAAUGACUCAGAAUCCAAAGGACUGGAAGAUGUCAUCGAAGCUGGCGCAGCAGGUCUCAAGAUACACGAGGACUGGGGAGCGACUCCUGCGUCUAUCGACAACUGCUUAAAUGUUGCCGACAAAUACGAUGUGCAGGUGAACAUUCACACGGACACACUCAACGAGAGUGGCUUUGUAGAAAGUACAAUUGAGGCUUUCAAAGGGCGCACUAUCCACACUUAUCACACCGAGGGCGCUGGAGGAGGGCACGCUCCUGACAUCAUAGUCGUCUGCGAACAAAACAACGUCCUGCCUAGCUCUACCAACCCCACGCGGCCAUACUGCAAAAACACUCUAGAUGAGCAUCUGGAUAUGGUAAUGGUGUGCCAUCAUCUUGAUAAAAAUGUCCCUGAAGACGUCGCCUUUGCAGACUCUCGCAUCAGAGGGGAAACUGUUGCAGCUGAGGAUGUAUUACACGAUACUGGAGCAAUCUCCAUGAUCUCAUCCGAUAGCCAAGCGAUGGGACGAAUUGGAGAGGUAGUCUCCCGCACGUGGCGCACGGCACACAAGAUGAAAACGCUGAGGGGACAUCUGGACGGUGCUGACGCGCAGAAUCAGAACGACAACGAGAGAGUGAAGCGCUACAUAUCGAAAUUGAACAUCAAUCCAGCGAUGACGCAUGGUAUUGCGCACAUUGUCGGUGAUGUCCAGCCAGGCAAGCUCGCCGACUUGGUAAUGUACCAGCCGCAGAACUUCGGCGUCAAGCCUGAGAUAGUGAUAAAGGGUGGAUAUAUAGCCUGGGCAGCCGUCGGCGAUGCCAAUGCAUCUAUACCCACCGUCGAGCCUAUAAUUAGCUACGAGAUGUUUGGUGCCUUGCAUAAAGCGGCUUCAAAAAACUCUUUCAACUUUGUCAGCGACAUCUCACUCAAGAAUGGCAAGUAUGAUAGUUACAAACUCGACAAAAGGGGACUGGCAGUGAAGAAAUGCAGGGAUGUGGGCAAAAAAGAUAUGAAACAUAACAACACUACUCCUCAUAUGCAGGUAGAUCCUGAGUCGUAUGAGGUGAGAGCGGAUGGCAUCCUCUGCACUGUCCCUCCAUCAGAUAUUCUGCCUAUGACUAAGCAAUUCAAUGUGUUCUAG